UACACAGAGAGGGAGAGACAGGUGAGGUGUAGAAAGAGACAGGUGAGGUGUAGAAAGAGACAGGUGAGGCAGAGAGAGACAGAGAGAAACAGGUGAGGUGUCAGAGUCCGCUCAUAAACCCAUAAAAAGCAGCAGUGAUGUCAUCAGGUGAGUCUCCAGGUGUGUAGCAGCAGCAGCAGCAGGUUUCUCAGUGAUCUGUUUGUCCUGAACCCGUCUCACCUGUCCUGUCUCACCUGACCUGGCUGCUGCAGCGUGUGAGCGUCGACCUGCGUACCUGCUGAACAACAACAUGGAGUCCAGAGAGGAGGAACAAGAGGACGACACUCACAGGUUAUUUCUGACUGAGGACACUGAGAACACCAACAGUAACAGUAUGACGACUGAUAUUACUGAUGUUACUGAUAUUACUGAUAUUACUGUAGCUGUCAGUAGUUGUCCAGCUGUCACAGAGACUCCUGCUGCUCCACACGAUGAUCAAACAGAGGAGGAGGAAAAAGGUGACCUGGUGACGGGAAACGGUGUUGCCAUGGCAGCGACAGGUGCUGAGUCAGCAGGUGUGUCAGUGUCAGCAGCUGACGGUGAACAGGUGUUUGAUUUCCAGCCAGGAGGAGCUGAGGUCGAGUCUCAGCAGGAAUCAUUGACUCCGACCGCAGACAGACCAGAUCCUCCCAACAGUCUGGCCUUAUCACGACCAACGAAGAAGAAAGUCCUGGUUGCUCCGGCUCUCAGUCUGUCUUUAGGUCGCAGCGAGUCGACCGUCUCUGACGACUUCCCCUCGGCCUUCCUCUCCCCCUCACCUGAAGAUGACGAUGACACGGGGCUUGACUUCGACCUGGACGCCAUGGAAACGCCCUCUGACACUGAGUCGCUGCCUUUCCCCAUCUACGACCUGGACCUGGAAGAUGACCUGCGGCGCCUCGGUGUGGCGUCCUACCGUCGCAGACCCCGCGGCUCCAGUCCCAGGUCCAGGUUUGACUCCAGGACCAGUUCUGUACCGGGGCCGGACCACAGCGGACUGGGAGUUCUGGAGAGGGAGGACAUGGUGGACGGUCAGGGCACCAGGUGGCGCUGUUUCUCCACAGGUGACCCGCCUCAGGAGACCCGGGUCAACAUGAGCGUCCUGGAGCCGUUUCUCCAGGUUCUAUCCCACGGAGGUUACUAUGGAGACGGCAUGAAUGACAUCAUCGUGUUUUCUUCCUGUUACCUGCCACAGAACAGUCUGGAGAAUUACCAGUAUGUGAUGGACAACCUGUUCAGGUAUGUGGUGGGAACUCUGGAUCUGAUGGUAGCAGAGAACUAUGUGAUGGUGUAUCUCUGUGCUGGAGGUCAGACAGACAAACUCCCAGGAAUCAGUUGGCUCAAAGAGUGUUACACCACCAUCGACAGGAGACUGAGGAAGAACCUGAAAGGUUUCUACGUGGUUCAUCCAACCUGGUACAUCAAGGCCCUCAUCACCAUCAUCAAACCCUUCAUCAGCUCUAAGUUCAGCAGGAAGCUCCAGUUCGUCAACAGUCUUCAGGAUCUUUCUCAUUUCAUCCCCACUGAGCACGUGCAGAUCCCAGACUGUGUCCGACAGUACGAUCAGAACCUGUCCAGGUGAGAUUCUGCUGGAGGAUUUCAUCCAGGUGGAGCAUCAGUGUCUUGCUCAGUGGCACUUGGUCAGUGUUUGAGGACUAACACCGACUGUAUCAGAGACCUGAAGAACAAAGUUGUCACGGAGCUGCUGUCGUCUUAGAAACAGUGUUAAUGUUCAUCCUGCUGUUAAACAACAGAAAUACAACAAACACAUUUUUAUUAAUUCAAUUUUUAUAAUUAAAAAAAGAAACAUUUCAAAGAUAAACUGAACGUUAAUGUGCAACAAGUCCACAAACGUUAUUAUAUAAACGUUAUUAUCUGAGCAUCAGACAGAUCUGAUGUUUUAUGUAUAUGAUAAGAAACUUUAAAACCGAACAAACCUUGUUUUCCUCCGCAGCUUCCUGUUGUUUGUGUCUCAUACGAAAACACAUAAUUUUUUAUUUUAUUUGUCGUUUUUACUCAUAAAGUUCAAAACAAAAGGUGAAAAGUGUCUUUUCUGUUUUUAAAACUUUUAAGUUAAGUUGAAUUAGAGCCUGUGUGCUUAUCUGUUGAAGGGAUUUUUCAGAACCUGGUGAAGGUUUUUUAACGUCUCCUUCUCGACGCUGCACUUUCAGUAUUUUCAGCAGGAGAUGAACCGUCGACCCAGCCUGGGUUAAUGCCUUGCUUCAGAACUGAAGAAUCAUUAGUUUUGGUCAAAGGUGAAAUGUUUUUGGUGCUGAAUGAAAUAAAAUGAUGAUGGUUCAUUGUUU